AUGAAUGAAGCUACUUCUUUUACAAUCUCUCUCCUACAAAAAUGCACCACCAUUACUUCACUUAAGAAAGCCCAGAAACUCCAUGCCCUCAUCUUAACAUCCUCUACACCAUUCACUUACCAUAAACCAUUCCUCCAUAACAACAUCCUUUCCAUGUAUGCCAAAUGCGGCUCGGUCUUUGAUGCCCGCCUUGUGUUCGACAAAAUGCCUCAAAGAAACUUCAUCACUUAUAAUUCCAUCAUUUCGGCCUUUGCCCGUCAUCUUGAUUCGGGUUCUUAUGCUUUUAGAUUGUUUUCCCAGAUGAGGUUUCAAUGUUUUACACCAAAUGGGGCAACGUUUAUAAGCCUAUUGCAGUCGGCUUCUGCUGCUCGAGACCAGUUACAUGGGUUAGCUCUUCAUUGCUUGAUUGUUAAGUCCGGUCAGUUGUUUGAUGUGCAGGUUCAGACUGCUUUGAUUUGUUUCUUUUCUAAUUUUGGGGAUUUAAGUUCUGUGAAUCAAGUGUUUGGAAAUGUGCUUAUCCAAGAUGAGUACACUUGGAAUUGUAUUAUAUCAGGGUAUGUGAAAAAUAAUAGGAUGGCAGAAGGGUUAUGUUUAUUUAGAAAGAUGUUGAGGACUGGUGCAAUCCCAACGGAGUUUACGUUUUCAAUGGUACUGAAUGCCUGUGCAAGAUUAAGUGAUUAUUCUUUUGGUCGACUUGCUCAUGCACAAGUUAUUUUGACUGGCGUGUUCCUAGAUUUGCCCUUGCAGAAUACAUUGAUUGACAUGUACUCCAGUUGUGGCGACACCCAAUCUGCAUUCCAUUUAUUUGAAGGAAUGCAGGAUCCGGAUAUUGUGUCAUGGAACUCGAUGAUGGCAGGGUAUGCAGAGAAAGGAGAAGGCGAGAGAGCUAUGGUUCUAUUUGUUCAACUGCAGCAUCGUGCUGGUCGUAAAGCAGAUGAAUAUACUUUUGCAGCUUUGAUCUCUGCCGUUCAAGAGUGCCCAAUUUUAUACUAUGGGGAACCCCUCCAUGCACAGGUCAUAGUAUAUGGUUUGGAUAACAGUGUGUUUGUUGGGAGUCCACUGAUUUCCAUGUAUUUUGGACAUGGAAAAGUUGAAUCUGCUGAAGGGGUUUUCCACACAAUCUCAAAUAAAGAUGUGGUUCUGUGGACUGAAAUGAUUUCCGGUUACUCUAAAGUUGAAGAUAGUACAAAUGCAAUCAAAUUUUUCUAUGAUAUGUGGCAACAGGGUUAUAAAAUUGAUGACUUUUCUCUAAGUAGUGCUUUGAGUGCAUGUGCUGAUCUUGCAACUUUGAAUCAAGGUGAAAUGCUUCAUUCUUUGGCCAUGAAAACUGGUUGUGAUUCUGAGAUGGCAGUAUGUGGAAGUCUGAUCAAUGCAUACGCCAAAAAUGGUGACCUGCAAGCUGCCAAGUCAAUAUUUGCUGAGAUCAAAUACCCUGAUUUGAAAUGUUGGAACUCGAUGAUAGGCAGCUACAGUCACCAUGGGAAGGCUGAGGAGGCAAUAAAACUGUUUGAUGAGUUUCUAAUUCAUGGUCUGAAACCAGAUCAAGUGACAUUUAUUUCGUUACUCUCUGCUUGCAGCCACUGUGGUUUAGUUGAGAGAGGGAAACGCUUGUGGAGUUACAUGAAGGACAAGGGACUAUAUCCAGGGUUUAAGCACUAUGCUUGUAUGGUAAGUUUGCUCAGUCGAGCAGGGUUGCUAGAAGAGGCGGUGGAAAUUAUCCAUGAGUCAGAUUUUGGCAAGGAUCAUCUUGCAUUGUGGAGAACUGUGCUGAGUUCUGCUGUUUCUAACAAAAAUUUGUCUAUGGGACUUCAUGCUGCGAGGGAAACUUUACAACUUGAUGCACAAGAUAGUGCAACUCAUACUUUACUUUCAAAUCUAUAUGCUUCUGUGGGGAGUUGGGAUGGUGUCAUGGAAGUCAGGAAAAGGAUAAGAGGUAUGAUGUUGGAAAAGGAUCCAGGAUUGAGCUGGGUUGAGACAGUGAAAAGCUUGGAAGUUUUCUCAUCAGGUGAUCAAUCACACCCAAAGAUUGAAGAAGUAAAGGCUCAGCUAAAGGUACUGCAAGGAAAUAUGAUGUUACGGCAAGAUAUUGAUGGUAUAUUAAUAUAA